UAACGAUGUACAUGAGAAAGAGAGACGACUGGAAAGUGCGAAUGAGCUAGGCGGGAAACAAGCUCAUGGCGGGAAAUCUGAUGUGUGGCGGGGAAUUCAAAAUGACGGCAACUGGAAAAAAGAGCGUCAAAUCAAAUUUGCCGCCGAAAAAGGAGCAACGUGUCACCCCAACACAACAUCCAUCAGCCACCACCAGGCCCGAACGCACCGAUCAACGGUGCCCGGCCUCCGCCGAUCCGAUCGUGCAAUUUCCAAAAUGGCUUCUACAGGGAAGAAAGCUAAGAAGAAAAAGAAGACCACCAUCAGUAUCGUUGGGCCCCCGGUUUUCACCAACGCUGCGCUCUCCACCGAUAGUUGGGCCGACCAGUCUGAAAUAGAACUGAUUGAGUCCAUCCGCAAUGUCAACACAGACAUCAAUCUGCCUAAAGCGCCGAGGUCCACGCGAGAAUGUGAAUUUGACGAUUCUCAGGUGCCAACAUCGCCCCCGUAUCAGGCGCAUCUUACGAAUAUUCCGUUCGACAUCACCGAAGAUGAAAUCAUAGAUCACUUCGGGAAAUUCACUAUAAUAAACUGUACCUUACCAAAAGAUGGGAGGAACUCAUCACGACUAAAGGGUUAUGGAUACAUCGAGUUCGAACUCCGAGAGGAGCUCAUUUCUGCUCUUUGUAUCGGAGAAAUGAAUGUGAAGGGCCGUCGGAUGAAAAUUGACUUGCCAGGCAACAAAGAUGGCCGACCGAUGGACUUCCGUGACCGACAAGGCCGUGACAUGGGUCACCGCCAGGGCAGCCGCAUGGGUGAAGGCGAUCCUGAGGACCCAGAGCGUACCGAGAGCGAUUGGCGAAACGCCCCAAGACCUGCCAUGCCUGAAAGAGAGGGCUUCCGGCGGGACGGUUUCCGGAGCGACGACCGGGACAGAGAUCGCGACCGCGACCGGGAUCGCGGGUUCUCCAAGCGGCCCGGCUUCGACCGCGACGAGAAGCCCAAGGACCUCGACGGCGACUCCUGCUGGCGCGAAGGCGACCGCGCUCCCCCACCCGCGCGCGAGCCCCUCGAACGCAGCAACGGCUGGCGCGAGCCUCGAGACCGCAGCGGCGGCGGCGGCUUCGAACGCCGCGGCGACAGGGACCGAGACAGGGACGACCGACGCGACAGGGACCGCAACGGCUUCGAGCGGAUCCGACAGGAACGCGAGCGCGAAAGGGACGGCUCCAAGAACCGCGAACGCGAUGGAAGUCUCGACUGGCGCGCGGACAUGGGCGGCGAGCGAGAGAGCCGCGCCUUCGACCGCCGCGACAGGGACAGCGGCUUCGGACGCCGCGACAGGGAUCGAGACGGCGGCGGGUUCGAAAGGCGAGGAAGGGACGGGUUCAGGGAUCGCGGUGAUCGUGAUCGCGAUGGGUUCGGAAGGAGGGACAGGGAUGAGGAUCGAGAUCGAGGUUUUGGAAGGAGGGAUCGGGAUAUGGGUUUCGAGCGCAAGGGGGAUCCGGACCAGAGCGAGAAGGGCUGGAGGGAUGAGCCAAGGGUUAUCCCGACGCCGAGGCCGAACGCCAGGCCGGUCACCCCGACGCGGCAGGAGGAGAGAAGGGAUGCGUCGCCUGCGCCGAGAGAGCCGGCUAAGGAUGGGAGCAGAGAGGGGUCUCCGGUCAGAGAAAAGAGAGAUGAGCCCCCAGCAACACGUAAGCCUUUGAAUCUGAAACCGCGAACAGCGCCCAUCAGCAACACACCAGAGGUAGUGCCAAGCUCCGUGUUUGGAAACGCCAAGCCUGUUGACACAGCAGCGAAAGAAAGGGAACUGGAAGAAAAGUGGAAAGCGCGAGGCAGGCCAGAGCGGGAGCCUAAGGAGGGCGGCGAAAAGGAGCGCAGCGAUAGAGAUGCUGACAGAGAACGAGGAGACCGAGACCGUGAACGCAGUGACCGGGACCGUGAACGUGGUGAUCGGGACCGUCCCAGAGGCGACCGAGACCGCGAUAGAGGUGAUCGAGAUCGCGACAGAGGUGACCGAGAUCGAGACAGAGGUGACAGAGAUCGCGACAGAGGUGACAGAGAUCGUGAUAGAGGUGACAGAGACAGGCGUCGUCCUUUCAACCGGGACAGGGACCACUUUAAGGAUCGAGACUCAGACAACAGGCCAUCAAAAGAGAAUGAACCUCCAAAAGAAGAAAAAAGUUUUGAGCCUGCACCACCUCCGAAAGAAAACGCUUGGACCAAGCGCCCUCAAUUAUCGGCAAAUAAUGGUCUGCCUGAAUCGGAUGAAUCAAAGAUAGUCAAGAAGGUAGACUCUGAGCCCAAAGAACAGAAGGAAGAAGUGAUUUCUGAAAUUAAGCCGAAAGCUGCUCCUGUCGAGCCAGCGGCAAAAGAACCUAGUAAACCGAAAGAAAUCAUCUCCAACGAUGCUAAAACGAAUUCACAACCUAUCACCGAGUCAAAGAAAAGUGAUACAACCGUGAACAAUCGUGCACCUCCAAAAGCGAGUGAGCCAGUCAAACCUCAACUGCAAGAACGGCAGGACCCCCAAGAGCCAGCAUCAGGUGACGGUGAUGACAGCGAAUGGAGCACCAAAGUCUCCAGAAUUGAACCAUCUGAAGAGAUCCAAUCAUCAAAAAUGCUCAAAGCUAAAGAACAAAAACCUCCUAAUUUUGCAACAGUCAACAAAUAUGCUCUUUUUGAUGACGAUCCAGAAGACAUCAACAAACCGAACUGAUUUUUUCAACUAUCGCACCCCUAUUUUUUGUCCCUUUCAAUUCUAUUCAUUAUCGCUCAUGGUUCAUCCAUGGUUAUUCAGUAACUUAACCCUUGCCUCCAACUUAAAGAUAAAUUUUAUGUAACAGAAUUUUAGUGUGUCCCAUCUAAUGAUUACAGAUCCUUUACUUAUGUUCGUUUUACUUUCAUCGAUUGGCCCUGUGUCCUCUUAUUUUCACCUUAAAUUAUUUCAUCAAGAAUUUUCUUUGUCUGUAACUGAAACUACAAGGCUGAAUUUUUUUUUUUUUUUUUUUUUUAAAUUAAUCUUUAUCGUGUUUAAUUCUCAAAAGGUGUUGAACAUCAGGAAUCCCAAGCGUUUAGUUAAGUAUCCAUUUGGGCCUGGUUUUUUUUUUUUUUUUUUAAUCAAUAUUUUUGCAUUUUUCCUGAAAAACGUCCCUCUUUUCCUCACAAUUUCAAAAAAUUGUUAAUUUUUUCUUCAGCCAAGAAAAUAUUUUUUUCUUUCUUCUCUUUUAUUUUUGUUUUUUUUUAAUUGUAAGUGAAAUUUGUCUAGAGACUUAAUCACUCCCUUUCUUGUGAAUAUAACUUCGCGAGUACAUACUGGAUAUUUAUUCUGUACCUACACUAUGUAUGUAUGUAUGUAUCAAUUGUGAUUUUAUAUUCUACGAUUCAACCAAGCGUUGCAGUCGCAACAAAAUUGCUAAAAGGUAUUUUUAUACUAUUUUUACUUCCCUGAUACGCAGUGUUACCAUUUCUAAGGCAGCUUGAUUUUCGUAGAGAUGGAGGACUAGACUCAUAUCGAUAAAAACUUUAAUGCGCUGGGUCAUCGUUCUUACAAACGAAAAAAAAUUGUCUGGAAACGGUACCUCCGCUGAAAGUCUGAGGAACUUUUCCAAGUCAGGGUUUGAGUGCUCUGUGUGUGCGUGUUUGUACAUUUAAGUAUGGAUGAAGCCGAUCGUCCGAAUAUCGGAAUUCGGCGAUCGGCAGAUUUUGUUGUAAUCUACUCUCGAAAACUUUCAGUCCUGUUUUUGGUCUUCUUUGCAUCAAUCUCACCACGUCAGUUUUGUCAGUUUGCAGUAAAAUUGCCCAAUCCUUUAAUUUCUGAUGGUUCUUUAACCAUUUUGUCUGUAGUAUGUAAUUUUCAGUCUGAAGUGAACAGUACGCAUCUUGAUUUGUCCGGGCGCAAGAAAAUUUAGUUCAUUGUUGUUAGAAUCAGAAUAAGUUUGAUAUCUUCGUUUUUAAUAGCUGCUUGCGUAAUUAUAGAUCUGAUGGCAUAACUUUCAGAUAUGUAGUUGGAUGAAACUCUAAAUUCUUGCAUUAUGAACUAAGAGGAAGUAAUUUCUGCUUCCUAUUGCUGACAAAUUUGUCAAUGUCUUGAUUUUCGUUAGAAUUAUAACUUGAGUUCUCCAGCAUUAAUAAAUUUGAGAUAAUUUGAGGCCUGUGAUAAGACACUGCAAUAUUCUAGUCAUGGCUCUCUCUCUCCUUAGACUGAGAAAUUUUAUCAUUCCAAAGUUGACAAUUGGGAAUCAAUUUUGCUCAAUUUGAAAGCACAAGUAAACUUAUUUGUUUCUUUUAUUUUGCCGAGUUGCAACAUGAAUAUGUUCUCUUUUAUGUAUAAUUAUGCUUUUCAAGACGUUUUCCCCCUGUUUUGCACAGAAAUCACGAUGAUCUAAACUAUCAAAUAUAAAUGACAAAUUGUAUAUUUAGACGCAUUUUAGACCUUUCCCACUUUUACAUUUUCCAAUUGUUUUUCUGAGAAAAAGGUAUGAGUUCAAAUAAGUAAUCAGUCAAAAUACCUUCAAUCAACAUAUUACUAUUGUCUUCAUUGUUCUAUCUACGUAUUCGUUCGUCAUCUGAAUUAAUUUCUUGCGCUCGGAUAAACAGAAGCUAAUGUUAAGUAUUAUUCUUUUGCCUUUUUCAUCAGUUUUUUUUUUAUUUUGCGGCCCUCACCGCUCCACGCAAUUUAUCAGUUUUGAAUCUACUCCAAUGUACAUAAUACUACACGCAUAUAGGUUAUUAAUUGAUUAGUUAAUUCAAUAUUUUGGUGUAUUUUGUUUACCUUUUUAAUGAUUGGUUUUUAAUAUUGUUGCAACUGAAACCUUAGUUUGUUUAUAAAUUGAAUAAACUUACUAUUAUAUUUGGUAAA